CUUUGAGCAUAACUACCAAUUGCUUUCAAAUCUGCCUCGUAUAGUCUUAGACGUUUCUACAACUACCUUUUCAGUUCUCUCUCUUCCCUCCCUCUCUACCCUCUUCCCUCUCCCUCUCCCUCUCCCUCUCCCUAUCUCCCUGUCUCUCUCUCUCUCUCUCUCUCCAAGCUGGAUUACCAAAAGAUAAUGGAAGACCCUCCAACACCCGACCCUUUGCCAGAUUCCAGUCGAGAAGACGACGCCGGUGCAGCUUUCGUCUUGGAAUCAAAAGGGCAAUGGUGGCACGCGGGGUUCCACCUGACGACGGCGAUCGUGGGUCCGACGAUACUGACGCUGCCGUACGCGUUCCGCGGACUGGGGUGGGUGCCGGGGUUCUUGUGCUUGACGGUGAUGGGGGUGGUCACCUUCUACUCCUACCAGCUCAUGUCCCUCGUGCUCGAGCGCUGCGAGAAAGAAGGGCGCCGCCACAUCCGCUUCCGCGAGCUCGCCGCCGACGUCUUAGGGUCCGGAUGGAUGUUUUAUUUUGUAAUAUUCAUCCAGACAGCCAUCAACACCGGCAUUGGCAUUGGAGCUAUUCUGCUUGCUGGUGAAUGCCUCCAGAUCAUGUACUCAAACCUUUCGCCCAACGGGACGAUGAAAUUGUACGAGUUCAUAGCGAUUGCGACCGUGGUUAUGAUAGUUCUUUCUCAGCUCCCAACCUUCCACUCUCUCAGACACAUCAACUUGGUUUCGCUCUUCCUCAGCUUAGGCUACACUUUUCUGGUGGUUGGUGCUUGUGUUCAUGCAGGUACUGCAAAAAAUGCUCCGCCGAAGGACUAUUCUUUAGAAACUUCAGAAUCGGCGAUGGUGUUCAGUGCAUUCACUUCCAUCUCCAUUAUUGCUUCCCUUUACGGGAAUGGGAUACUACCUGAAAUUCAAGCAACUCUGGCUCCACCAGUCGCCGGGAAGAUGUUGAAAGGACUUAUGAUGUGUUACGCUGUAAUUUUCGUUACUUUCUAUUCCGCUGCAGUGUCUGGAUACUGGGCGUUUGGGAACCAAUCUAACUCGAACAUUCUCAAGAGCUUAAUGCCUGACGAAGGGCCUUCUUUGGCUCCAACUUGGCUUCUAGGCCUUGCCAUUGUCUUUGUUCUCCUCCAACUCUUUGCCAUCGGCCUUGUUUAUUCUCAAGUAGCAUUUGAGAUCAUGGAAAAGAAAUCAGCAGAUGUGAAGCAAGGGAUGUUCUCCAAACGAAACUUAAUCCCAAGACUAGUUCUUCGGACAAUCUACAUGAUAUUCUGCGGAUUUUUCGCAGCGAUGCUUCCGUUCUUUGGUGACGUUAACGCUGUAGUAGGAGCAAUUGGAUUCAUCCCCUUGGAUUUCAUACUCCCCAUGCUUCUCUACAACAUUAGCUUUAAGCCACCGAGAUCGUCCCUCAUCUAUUGGGUCAAUAUCUCCAUUAUGGUUGUCUUCACCGGCGUAGGACUCUUGGGGGCAUUCUCUUCUAUAAGGCAGUUGGUUCUUGAUGCCAGUCAGUUCAAGCUCUUCAGCAGUAAUGUGGUUGAUUGACCUUCUUCGAAUAGCAGAGUUUGCGAUCUCAUUCGUAAUCCCUCGAUGCUGUGAAACUAUGCCGUUCUGGAAAGCAUCGGUACAUGGGGAAUCAAUGAAAGUGCGAAAUCCCGACGGCUGCAUUUUGGUUUCGUUAAGAGAAAUGAUGAAACACUGCGGCGGGUUCACAGUUUCUUGUACUGGAAAUACAACAAAGUGUGCAGUGCAAACAUUGUUGUAUAUUGGUACUACCUACAAAUGUGUUUUCUCAGUUUCGUU